UCGGGAGGAGAAACUGAAGAUGGAGUCUGUGCAGGGACUGACUCAUGUCUGGAUUGUCAUUCUGUCACAUCAGGUGAUGGGAUGGUGACUGAGAACAAGGAGGUGAAUCCUCAGCAGGGAGGUCUGAGCAAAUGGAAGCACAGAGAACACUAUCGGGAAGAUCUGAAGGGGAAGUUUCCUGGAGUCCUGAGCAGGGAGAAGCCUGUGAAAAUCAGCACAGGCCAGAGGGGCAGCAGGAAAACUCCGCUGGGGAGAGAUUGGAUAAACCCACUCACCAAAAGGGAGAUUUGAAAGACCUUCCUGAAGACAUGAUCCAGCCAGGAAUCUGCACUAAAGGGAAACUGUAUGAAUGUGCUGAGUGCGGGAGAAGCUUUGAUCGGGGAUCACAUCUCAUUGUGCAUCAUAAAAUCCACACAGGAGAGAGAUCCUAUAGCUGUCCUGAAUGCGGGAAAACCUUCAGUAACGUCUCAUCCCUGAUUAUUCAUCGGAGAGUCCACACAGGAGAGAGACCCUAUAACUGCCCAGAGUGUGGGAAAUCCUUCCCUCGGAGCUCCACCCUUGUUGUACAUCAGAGAGUGCACACAGAAGAGAAACCCUAUAAAUGCCCCGACUGCGGAAAAAGUUUCAAGCGGAGCUCAACCCUUAUUUCACACCAGAAAAUCCACACAGGAGAGAGACCUUAUAACUGCCUGGAAUGUGGGAAAAGUUUCAAUAAAGGCUCAAACCUAAUUAUGCAUCAGAGAAUCCACACGGGAGAGAGACCCUAUAACUGCCUUGAGUGCACGAAAAGUUUCACUCGGCACUCACACCUCAUUAGACAUCAGAGAAUGCACACUGGAAAGAUACCCUAUAGGUGCCCUGACUGUGGAAAAAACUUUAGUGACAGCUCAGCUGUUAUUAGACAUCAGAGGAUCCAUACUGGAGAGAGACCCUAUAAAUGCCUUGAGUGUGGGAAAAGCUUCACGCAGAGCUCAGACCUUAUGAAUCAUCAGAUAAUCCACAUGGGAGAAAAACCCUAUUACUGCCCAGAGUGUGGGAAGGGGUUCAGUCGGAAGACUCAUGUUAUUUCACACCAGAAAAUGCACAGGCCAGAGAGAUCCUUUAACUGCCUCGAGUGUGGGAAAAACUUCUGUAGCAGCUCUGACCUCAUUAGACAUCAGAAAACCCACACUAGAAAGACACCAUAUAAAUGUUCUGUCUGUCGAAAAAGCUUCAAGCAGAGGUCAGAACUUAUUUCACAUCAGAGAGCUCACACAACAAAGAGAAACUAUAAAUGUUCUGUCUGUGGGAAAAGCUACAAGGUGAAGGUGUCUCUAAUGUCCCACCAGAAACUCCACACAGGCUAGCAAGUGGCAGGAGCUCUCACUAUGGGACAGUGGGUCUGUGCUCUCCUGAAGCGAAGUGUAAGUGUACUUCAUUGAUGGACGGUCUUUGCAGGGGCAGCAAGUGGAUGAAGGGUUUGGGUUUCAGUGGGAGAUAGUUGGCAGGGGUAGAAGAGGACGGAACGCUGGGUAGCGAGGCGCUUGGUGAUUUCAGGGUCUGGGGUGAGCAGGAGAUGGGAUUGGUAGAGAGACAUUUCUGUGGGUUACAAACAUAUUUUCCUAUUUAAAGGAGAGAAAAAAAUGCUCCAUUGCAGUUCUUGCCUGAGUUGUCUCUGCAGCUCCAGGGCAUCUUGGGGUAGGGACAGGGGAAUGUUAUUCAGGGAAGCAGCAAGGGGUCCCCUGCGGCUGUCGUUACAAGGCAGGAAGAGCUGCUGAUCUGAACUAACAGGAUGUCGGAGCACUGCUCAGUGUAUUGGACAUCUAUGCUUUCAUGGAUGGUAGGGGCGGCUGGAGAUUGGGGAAUUCAUGGUGGAGAUUCCACAGAGAGGUGGGAACUCUGAGGGAUGCCCUUUUGGGAGUGUGGUCUAGUGGUUAGAGGGGAGGGUGGGGGGAAAUGAGAGUUAAGAUUCCUGGGUGUGAGCUAGUGCUGGUCACUUCCCCUCUUCUCUCUGUGCCCAUUUUUCCCAUCCCUACAAUGGAGAUAAUAGUUGUCCAACUCCCUGGAGAGUUGUGUGAGGCCGGUAAUUACUGUGUAUGAAGUGGUUCAGGAGAAUGCAAGUACAGAAGAGACCAAGUUUCACUAUUAUUGUUAUUACCGUGUACUGUAUUCACUGAGAAUGGGAACAGUUAACUAAGAAUAGGAACAUUAACCACAUUACUAUGCAGGCAGGCUGCUACAUUUCUGCCUCAGAAAAUGAGAUCAACUAUCAAUAGCACCAUUAACAAUGUUGUUUUGUUUCCCCAUCAAGAACAGUGUUUUAUUUCAAAUGUUGAAACAGUUUUGCACAGAACACUCUUAUUCUUCCACACCUUAUCCCCCCUCAAAUAAAAACUGACUGAAUUUUGUUUCAAUCCAAUCCCUGUUAUCUUCUAUAAAAUGAGCCUCCAGGCAAUUUAAGGGAUAGCACUGGCUGAUUGCAUUUCCAAACCUGGCAAAACAGCUGCUUCAUUGCAAUGAAGGAACAUAGGCAGGCAGGCUGCUACAUUUCUGCCUCAGGGUAGAGCCGGCCUCAUGCCUAACAAAAAGUCCUACCCCUCCACUUCCUUAUCUACUUUCUCUACACAAGUCAUGAUUUUAUAGACCUCAAUCAUAGCUCCCCUUAGCUGUUUCUUUUCCAAGCUGAAAAGUCCCAGUCUUAUUAAUCUCUCCUCAUACGGAAGCUGUUCCAUACUCCUAAUUUUUGUUGCCCUUUUCUGAAUCUUUUCCAAUUCCAAUAUAUCUUUUUUGAGAUGCGGCGACCACAUCUGGACACAGUAUUCAAGAUGUGGGCAUACCAUGGAUUUAUAUAGAGGCAACAUGAUGUUUUCUGUCUUAUUAUCUAUCCCUUUCCCAAUGAUUCCCAACCUCCUGUUUGCUUUUUUGACUGCCGCUGCACAUUGAGUGGAUGUUUUCAGAGAACUAUCCAUAAUGAUUCCAAAGAUCUCUUUCUUGAGUGGUAAGAGCUAAUUUAGACCCCCAUAAUUUUAUAUGUAUAGUUGGGAUUAUGUAUUCCAAUGUGCAUUAUCUUGCAUUUAUCAACACUGAAUUUCAUCUGCCAUUUUGUUGCCCAGUCACCCAGUUUUGUGAGAUCCCUUUGUUACUCUUCGCAGUCUGCUUUGGACUUAAUUAUCUUGAGUAGUUUUUUAUCAUCUGCAAAUUUUGCCACCUCACUGUUUACCCCUUCUUCCAGAGAAUUUAUGAAUAUGUUAAACAGUUCUGGUCCCAGUAGAGACCCCUGGGAGAUACCACUACCUAUCUCUCUCCAUUCUGAAAACUGACCAUUUAUUUCUAUCCUGUGUUUCCUAUUUUUUUAACCAGUUACUGAUCCAUGAGAGGAUCUUCCCUCUUAUCCCAUGACAGCUUUCUUUGCUUGAGAGCCUUUCGUGAGGGACCUUGUCAAAGCCUUUUUGAAAUUUUUGAAAAAUCCAUGUUGGCUAUUUCUUAUCCUAUAUCCAGUAGGUACUUACAGACUGAUGGUUUAAUAAUUUGUUCCAGUAUCUUUCCAGUUGUUGAAGUUAGUGUAACUGGUUUAUUGUCCCCCCAGUUCUCUUUGUUUCCCUUUUUAAUGAUAGCUACAAUGUUUGCUUUACUCCGGUGUUCUGGGACGUCACUCACCCACCAGGAGUUCUCAAAGAUACUUGCUAAUGAUUCAGAGACUUCUUCAUCUAGUUCCUUAAGUACCUUAGAGUAAAUUUCAUCAGGACAUCCCAAUUUGAAUACUAUUAUCUAACUAUUCUUUAACCUGUUCUUUUCCUAUUUUGGCUUGCAUUCCUCGCUUGCUGUUACUAUUAAUUAUGUUAACUAUCUGGUCACAUAAAUGAGUAUUGAAGCAAAAUGGGCAUUACAUUUUUGAUGUAAUCCAUGAUUAUUAGUAUUUGAUGUUCUUCUGUCCCUUCCCAGCUCUUUCUGUCAUGGGGAGUGUAUUACUGGAAGGGAAGGGAAGGACGGUAGCUGGGAUAUCCCUGUUUUCAGGGAGGGACUCAGCUGAGAUUGUGACACACUGAGAUUAUUCCUGAAAUAAUUGCCCCGAGAGGGAUUUUCUUGUUUGUGGACAAGUGGGGUGGUUCAGGGACUCAUGUUUCAUGAAAUUCAGGUUUUGGGAGAGUCUUUUGAAAUUUGAGUCAUUUAAAUGUUUACAUUAAUCUGUUUUGUUUUAUACAAAUAAAUUCCUAAGAAUU